CUCUCUUUUCUUUCUCUCCCCCCCCCUCUCUCUUUCUGUCUCUCCUCCCCCUCCCCUCUCUGUCUCUGCAGACAGGUUCGGUCUCGUAGUUCCAGUCCGAGCAGCUCAUCUGUCUUUGUUAGCCCCGCCCCUCUGUUUGUCAAACAUGUCCCAUGAAGAAGAGCUGACCGCUGCUGGCCUUCAGAUCAUCGAUCCACACUGCUGGUUCUGUGCUCCCAGCUGUCAAUCACUGGACAGUCCUUCCAUCCCGACUCCUCCUUCCUCCUCUUUUUUUGGGGAUUCUCAAUUAGCUCCACCCCCAAACCCUCUCCAGUGCUCCUCAUCCUCCUCCUUCUCUGUUGCCUUCAGUCAAACGACUGGAACACCAAAAACUUAUUAUGGCGACGUUUAUGGCUCCUCCUCCAGUCUACCAUGGGAGCAGGACAACAUUCCAGAGGAGCGCGAGUGUGUGAGCUGCGGGACAAACAGCGCCCCUCUGUGGCAGAGGGAUGCCACUGGUGGUCAGCUAUGUAGCAGCUGCAGCUUCAAGCAGAAAAAUGGCAAACACGACAAACCACUGCUGAGACAGAAGAGAAAAACAACUUUGAUGCACAGAAAAGGAACACAGUGCGCUAACUGUUCGACGACAGCAACCACGCUGUGGAGAAGAAAUGUCGCCGGAGAGUCCGUCUGCAACGCCUGUGGACUCUACUAUAAACUACACCAGGUCAACAGGCCGCUAAUGAUGAAAACUGACGUCAUUAAAACCAGAAACUGCAAACAAAUAAGAGCAAGAAAACCAACCAAUCAGAAACCAAGCUCACAUGAUUGGAUCCACUGAGAACCAAUCAGUUUCAGUGAACCUGAUCUGA